AUGAAAUACGCGACUUUAAAUUUUCGUGUUUUUUUUAUAUAUAUAUAUAUUCUUAUUCUUAUAAAUAUUAAUGACUGAUCCAAUAUAUUUUUCUUACAGCAAUCUUUACAAACAUUCAAAGUUUCAAUGCAAAAUUUCACCCAAUAAUCAUUAUGUAGCUAAUGCAAUAGAAAAUCGUCUAGUGAUUCGAGCCCAUGGACAAGAUCUAACUGUAGUUCAAGUCAAUGAAACACGCCAACCUAUUGAUUAUCUAUUAUGGUCACCUACCUCUGACUAUAUUUUGACAACUAACUUUGAAAAGUCUCGGAUCGAUGUAAGAUCAGUGAUAGAUCCAAAAUGGCAUGGGGUAAUUACAGAUGAACGAUACCCCUUUAUCAAAAUAAAAUGGAGUCCGGAUUCAAAAAAUAUUUUGUGCAUUUCAGAAUUAAAGUUACGAUUAGCUAUAUGGAAUUUGUCAACGAAGGAAAUGAAAUUUAUUAAUCAUAUCAAGUAUUCAGAAAAAGGAAUUGAAUUUAGCCCAGAUGGAAAAUAUGUAGCUAUAGUAGAAAAAUAUAAUGGAAAAGAUUGUAUUGGGAUUUAUCAAGGAAAUUCAUUUAUAUUGUUACAUAGAUUUGAAGUAGACACAGUGAAUUUAGAUAAUAUUAAAUGGUCACCUGAUAGCUUGUAUAUUGCUGUUUGGGACAAUUGCUUAUAUCAUAAACUAUUAGUUUAUAGACAAGAUGGGUUUUUAUGUACGAUAUAUAAAGGCUAUGAAUUUGGAUUAGGUAUAAAAUGCGUUAAUUGGAGUCCUAAUGGUGAAUUAUUAGCUUUGGGCAAUUUUGAUCAAACAAUUCAUUUAUUAUCAACGUUGUCAUGGAAAUUAAUUGGUAUAUUGCAACAUCCAACAGUAUUGACCGAAACUAUGGAAACGAUUGCAUUAGAGGAAAUUGAAGUACCGCAGUCUGGGAUGCCCUCAUUUCAAAAGUUUAAUAUAGAUUAUCGCCAUAUUCUAUCACGGCCAUUCAAUAUACCCACACGAAAAACAGCAUAUGAGGAAAUAAAUCCUAGGAUUGGUAUUGGAUUAUGUCAAUUUAGUCCUGAUGGGCUUUAUCUUUUUAGUAAAAGUGAUAUAAUGCCUAAUGUGAUAUGGAUAUGGCAGAUAAAAUCAUUAAAAUGUUUACAUAUUAUUUUAUUUCGGAAAACGAUUAAGCAAGUAUGCUGGAAUCCUUCUAGAAAGCAUCUAUUAACAAUUAUAAGUGGUGAUGAACAUGUACAUUUUAUACAGCCACUCAUAGAAAAUGAUGGAAUAGAUAUUUCUCCACAAAAAAUACCAAUGACUGAUUUUUUGGUCAAAAAAAUGAAAUGGGAUUCAAAUGGUAAUUCAUUAUUAUUGAUGGAUCAUGAAUUAUUUUGUUUAGCAGUUCAAAAAUAAAAAUGAAAUAUCGGACUUUUUUUUUUACCCCAGUUUUUAUUUUUAUUAUUAUUAUUU